AUGACCUCAAUCGCUGUUCAAGUCGAGACUGCAACGCGAACCUCAGCUCUAAAUACAGAGAAGAACGCGAAUGGCCAGGUGAAAAGACUACACCACAUUCCACGCCCUGCCACCAAGGAAGCCGAACGACGAUGGCUUCUGGGCCAAAUGGCAGCUGCAUUCCGCAUAUUUGCCAAAUUGGGCUUUGCCGAUGGAAGCAGUGGCCAUAUUAGCUUGCGAGACCCUAUCGAGCCACAUACCUUCUGGAUCAAUCCUUACGCUGUGCACUUCGCCUUGCUUAAAGUCUCUGACAUGGUUCGUGUUGAUGAGAAGGGGAAAUGGGUGGAUGGCGCAGAUAAGCCUGUAAAUGCAGCCGGCUUUAUGAUUCACUCGGCUAUUCACAAGAGGCGACCAGACAUUCAUGCUGCUUGUCAUAUGCAUAGUCCGUAUGGGAGAGCAUGGAGUACAUUCGGAAAGGGAAUCGAAAUGUUAAAUCAAGAUUCUUGCAUGUUCUACGAUGAUCUCUCCGUCUAUCCUGCCUUUGGGGGCGUAGUCUUUGCACAGGAGGAAGGCGAGCGAAUUGCCGACUAUCUUGGCACCAAGAACAAGAACCUCAUUAUGCAAAACCAUGGGCUUCUCACUGCGGGUGGGACCGUUGCUGAAGCAGCUGCGUUCUUUAUCGCUCUAGAGCGAGCGUGUCAGACACAGUUGCUUGUGGAGGCAUCAGUUGCACCCGGAUCUAUUGGCCACAGUAUCGGAGAAAUCAAGAAAACGUUCGUCGACAAUGAGACUGCACGGUAUACCAAAGAAGGCACAGGCAGCCCCGGGGCGAUGUACAUGCAGUUCGAACCUGAGUAUCAACUCUUACUAAAGGAGACUAAUGGCGAAUUCCUGCAAUGA